CGGUACGAGUCCCGCGGCGGGCUUGCGGGAGCUUGGUCGUCAGAGCUAAGGCGAGGAGAGACCGGGCGAGCUGAGAAAAGAGGUGAAAGAUUAUAUUGCAACGUGAGUCAAGUCUGACAAUUUAAGUCACAGAAGGUAACCUAUUGGGAAAAGUGAUACAAAUACUGGGAAAAAUCUGCUGGUCUACACUAAGGAAAAUGUCACAAGUUCAAAGUUCUUAUACCUUUGAUGCCCCCACGGACUUCAUCAAUUUUACAUCUUUAAAUGAUGAAGAAGAUGGCGAAAAUGUAGAUUUGUGGUUUGAGGAGAAGGCCAAUUUGGAGAAUAAAUUUCCUGGGAAGAAUGGGACAGGAGAGCUUUUGCAUGGCAAAACUACUCUGAGGAAAGCUAAUCUUCAGCAAGCUGGUGUCACACCUCUGAGACCAGUUGAUAACACUUAUUACAAAGAGGCAGAAAAAGAAAAUAUUGUGGAACAAUCUUUGCCUUCAAAUGCUUAUUCUUCCCUGGAAGUGGAGGGAGUAAUAUUGAAAAAUACUCCAGCUCAACCUCAAAGAAGAUCUGUUAGACUCUCUGCUCAGAAGGAUUUGGAACAGAAAGAAAAAUGCCAUGUAAAAAUGAAAGCUAAGAGAUGUGCCACUCCUGGAAUCAUUAGUGACAUUCCACCUUCCAAAAAAAUGAAAGUUUCUAAUAAUAAGAAGAAAUCAGAGGAAGAAGGCAGUGCUCGUAAAGACAUUUCUGACAAGAAUGAAUCUUCUCCAGAAAAAGCUAAAGGUAGCAGACACACUGUAGCUUGUAUACCACCUGUAAGACAGAAGGUUUUGAAAAGUACUGAGGAACAAGAGUUGGAGAAGAGAAUGAAAAUGCAACAGGAAGUGGUGGAGAUGCGGAAAAAGAAUGAAGAAUUCAAGAAGCUUGCCCUUGCAGGAGCAGGGCAACCUGUGAAAAAAUCAGUGAGCCAGGUAACCAAAUCAGUUGACUUCCACUUUCGCACAGAUGAGCGAAUCAAACAACACCCAAAGAACCAGGAGGAAUAUAAGGAAGUGAACUUUACAUCUGAACUGCGAAAGCAUCCUCCAUCUCCAGCUCGAGUGACUAGGGGCUGUACCAUUAUUAAGCCUUUCAACCUGUCCCAAGGGAAGAAAAGAACAUUUGAUGAAGCAGCUUCUACAUAUGUGCCUCUUGCACAGCAGGUGGAAGCCUUCCAUAAACGAACCCCUAACAGAUACCAUUUGAGGAGCAAGAAAGAGGAUAUUAACCUGUUACCCUCUAAAUCUUCUGUGACCAAGCUAUCCAGAGACCCACAGACUCCUGUACUACAAACCAAACAUCGAGCAAGGCCUGUGACUUACAAAAGUGCAGCAGACCAGGAGGCUGAGGAGCUCGAGAAACUACAACAGUACAAAUUCAAAGCUCGGGAACUUGAUCCCAGAAUUCUUGAAGGUGGCCCCAUCUUGCCCAAGAAACCACCUGUGAAACCAUCCACUCAGCCUAUUGGCUUUGAUUUGGAAAUUGAGAGAAGAAUCCAGGAGCGAGAAUCAAGGAAGAAAUUAGAGGAUGAACACUUUGAAUUUCAUUCCAGACCUUGCCCAACUAAGAUAUUGGAAGAUGUUGUGGGUGUUCCUGAAAAGAAGGUACUUCCAAUCACUGUCCCCAGGUCUCCAGCCUUCGCACUUAAAAACAGAAUCCGAAUGCCUACUAAAGAAGAUGAGGAAGAAGAUGAACCAGUGUUGAUAAAAGCUCAGCCUGUGCCACAUUAUGGAGUGCCUUUUAAGCCCCAAAUCCCAGAGGCAAGAACUGUGGAAGUAUGCCCUUUCUCCUUCGACUCUCGGGACAAAGAACGUCAGUUACAGAAGGAGAAGAAAAUAAAAGAGCUGCAGAAAGGAGAAGUGCCCAAGUUCAAGGCACUUCCCUUACCUCAUUUUGACACCAUUAACCUACCAGAAAAGAAGGUAAAGAAUGUGACGCAGAUUGAGCCUUUCUGUCUGGAGACUGACAGAAGAGGUGCUCUGAAGGCACAGACUUGGAAGCAUCAGUUGGAGGAAGAACUGAAACAACAGAAGGAAGCAGCUUGCUUCAAGGCUCGUCCAAACACUGUCAUCUCACAGGAGCCCUUUGUUCCCAAGAAAGAGAAAAAAUCAGUUGCUGAGGGCCUUUCUGGUUCUCUAGUUCAGGAACCUUUUCAGCUGGCCACUGAGAAGAGAGCCAAGGAGCGGCAAGAGCUGGAGAAGAGAAUGGCUGAAGUGGAAGCCCAGAAAGUCCAGCAGUUGGAGGAGGCCAGGCAACAGGAAGAAGAGCAGAAGAAGGAAGAACUAGCUAGGCUCCGGAAAGAACUGGUACACAAAGCAAAUCCAAUACGCAAGUAUCAGGGUGUGGAAGUAAAGUCAAGUGACCAGCCUCUGACUGUGCCUGUAUCUCCCAAGUUCUCCACUCGAUUCCACUGCUAAACUCAGCUGUGACCUGCAGAUACUGCCUGGCAGCUGGAGCUGCUUUUAACGUCAAACCAGGAGCCUUCUUCCUGUCGCUGGGAGUGGAGAGAACAGAUUUCUCCAGUCUUUUCAGCUACUCGUGUCAGACAGAAUGUACUUGACAACUAUGGGCUCAAGUUUUGUUGAGAGUUGUUUUCUUUUUGAGGCUUAUAAUGAGACUCAAUUCAUAUAUGCCUUGAUUAGACUCCAUGUAGUUAUUUGUUUUAUAUCAUCAGUUGACCUUUAAUAUGUGUCUUAACUCUGACUAGAAUUUCAAGUCUCUGUGAUAGCACAGUGCAGUCUUUAUUCCCAUUACCCCCUCUGCCUUUCUUAUAUAUAUAUUAUUAUUAUUAUUUUUAAAUCAGAAAAUAAAGAUAGUUAAAUCCUGAGAUAGGGUUUAAGUCCUGGUUUCAAUGAGGAGCAAUUGCUAUUUCAGAUUCUUUCCUCUUCUCUGCACAAAUGAGUUUGUAGUUAAGAAGCCCUAUGCUAUAAGGGUGAAAACCUCAUUAACUGCAUCACUGAGGAAGAAGAUGGCGUGAACUCCUGGGAACCUCACAGCAACCAUUUGGCAAGCUUUGGGCAGAGCUGGUUUUAAGGCAUCUUCUUCCCUUGUCAGUGCUGAGAAUUAACAGAGAACAGUGCAGAGUGUAUUUUAAAACCUGGCAUGUAAUAAAUACUUUUCGUCUUCUCUCUCAUUUUGUUAUUUGAUGCUUUUCAAAUCUGUCAAGCCUCUUUGGAGGACAUGUCUCACUGGAGAAAUGGGUAGUUUGAGAGGUGAGUCCAGAAUCUUUUUUUGUUUUUUAAGAUGUAUUUAUUUGAAAGGCAGAGUGACAGAGAGAGGAAGAGACAGAUCUCCCAUCCACUGAUUCACUUCCCAAAUGGCCACAAUGGCCAGAGCUGGGCCAGGCUAAAACCGCAAGCCAGGAGCUUCUUCCAGGUCUCCUAUGUGGGUGCAGGGGCCCAAGCACUUGGGCCAUCGUCUGCUAUUUUCCCUAGUGCAUUAGCAGAGAGCUGGAUGAAAAGUGGAGUAGUCCUGACUCAAAGUGGCACCAGCAUGGGAUGCCAGCCCUGCAGGCCAUAGCAUAACUCGCUGUACCACAAUGCCAGCCACUCCAGAAACUUGAAAGCACAGGCUCAGUCCUUUAAAAAAAAAGUUGUAUUUUUUUUUUCCUAUAUUAGAAUAUUCUUCCAUAUUUUGUUAACUCCCUCCCAGUAACUACCCAGUGUUCUGUUACACCUUUGUAUAGACUGUUUCUUCCCAAAAUGACCUUUAUCUCAUCUGGUAAAUUCUUCCCUGUAAGACUCAGCUCAAGUAAAAUCUCUUAGAAAUUGUUCCUUAAACAUCUGACCUCCUCAGGUAAGGACGGUGACUUCCUUCUUUGUGCUUCCCAGGUGUUUCUUGUGCCUAUCCCUUGUAGAGCAGUUUCAGCAUAUCUGAGUUACUUGUACUUUUUAUAAACUAAUAGAGAUGCAGAUAUUUAAUUUGCUUAAAGAUAAGAAUUAUCAUAGUCAUCUCUCUGUUUCUUGUGGAUAGCACAAUAUUGGGUUAGGUUCAUAUUAAAUGAUAUAUUUUCUUUUAGACUUUAUUGUUUUUGAAUAUCUGUUCUUACCUGUGAUUUACACCUGUGUCGGGGGCUAACAAAGCAUCCAUAUGAAGCCCAGGCUAGUCAAAGGUACUGUAUGACAUCAAGCCUAUUUUAAAUUCAUUUUUUAUGCAUCCAGUGAGCGUUUAUAGAUCUCCUAUUACGUAGAAGCCAUUGUAGAUGGAGCAGUAGGUGACAGAGUAAGAUACUGUGUCUCACGGUACAAUUUGCAGACCCCUGGGCCUCUUAAUGGCCCACAACUGAUGUAAAGUACAGUUCCUGUGUUCAUUUCCUAAAUGCCUGUGGUAUAUAGUUUCCUAACUUUUUAGUUCAUUUAACAGGUUCUUAUUUGGAGCUAUGUCUUGGCACUGUUCUAUCCCUGACAAUACAGCAAUGAGAAAUAAAGGAAGAUUUGCCUUCAUCGAGCUUAGGUUUUAGUAGGGGAGAUACACAAUAAGCAAAUAACUAUUGUGUCAGGUGGGAAAUGUUGCUCCAACUGCCAAGCAGUGAAUAGAAUAGGGUGGGGAAGAGCAGCUUGCACAUUUUAAUUGGGAAGGUGAAAAAACUCUCUUGUCCCAGUGAAAGCUAAUAGUGGCAUGGGGUAGGGGGGUGGCAGUGGGGUGAUGAGAGGCAGUUGGAUUCUGAAUGACUUUUAUGGGGUAACUGGCAAGAUUUGCUAAUGGAUUGAAUGUGGGUAGAGAGUGAAAGAAAGUGGAAUUCUAGAGGUUGCCAAGGUAUCAGCCCUCUCUAUCCCUUAUAUUAUGGACAUCCUAUUCAAUCCUGGUUCUUAUUUUUCUUGUGGAUUCUCAGAUCAAUGCAUUGUUUUUUCCCCUGUUUAUCUCUACACCACAACACCAGGCUCUUGGUCAUGGUUUUCUAUUGCUAAUAUUCUGAUGCUAAUUAAUAUACUUGAAAUAGUAUUCACUUUUUUUUAAAGGAUUUAUUUAUUUGAAAGGCAGAGUUAUGCAGAGUGAGAGAGAGAGAGAGAGUCGUCUUCCAUCCACUGGUUCACCUUCCAAAUGGCCGCAACACUGGAGCUGGCCAAUCUGAAGCCAGGAUCCAGAAGCCCCUUCCGGAUCUCACACAUGGGUGCAGGGGCCCAAGGACUUGGGCCAUCUUCCACUGCCUUCUCAGGCCACAGCAGAGACCUGGAUGGGAAGUGGCAAAGCUGGUGGAUGCUGGCACUGCAGGCUGUGGAUUUACCCACUACACCACAGCACUGACCUCACUACUGUUCACUUUUGCAUCAAUUGUUUUAUACUUGCAUAAUUUUUGGAUGCUAUUUUCUCCCUUUUUGGUUUUCUUUAGAGUUUUGUUUCUAAAUUAAAGUGAUAGAUAGACUGCAGUUGAUCAUUGUAACACAAGAUGGGAUGUGAGGGGCCAGCACUGUGGCAUAAUGAGCAAAGCCACCCGAGUCUGCAGUGCCAGGAUCCCAUAUGGGCACCAGUUCCCAUCCCAGCUGCUCCUCUUCUAAUCUAGCUCUCUUCUAUGGUUUGGGAAAGCAGUAGAAGAUGGCCCAAUUUCUUGGACCCUGGCACCCGCAUGGGAGAUCAGAAAGAAGCUCCUGGCUCUGGAUCUGGCCAGUUGCAGCCAUUUGGGGAGUGAACCAGCAGAUAUGAGACCUCUCUCUGUGUCUCUCCCUCUCUCUCUCUGUAACUCUGGCUCUCAAAUAAUAAUAAAUUUUUUAUUUUUUUUUAUUUUUAUUUUUUUUAAAUAGCUGAGAUGUGAUUCAGUAAUGUGAGAUACAGUGCUUUGGGAGUUUAGGGAUUCUUGCUGGCAAUGAGGUUUCAUGCAGUUUAAAGCCUUGGUUUUUUUUUAAAGUAAAAUUUGCAAAAGAAGCAUUGCCUUUUAGAAACAAUACAACUCUGGGGCUGGGACUGUUGUGUUGUGGGUUAAGUUGCUGUCUGUAGCGCUGGCAUCCAAUAUAGGCACAGUUUGAGUCCCGGCUCCUCCACUUCUGAUCCAGCUCUCUUCUAAGGCACCUGGGAAAGAGCGGAAGAUGGCCCAAGUGCCUGGGUCCCUGCACCCACAUGGGAGACCUGAUGAAGCUCCUGGCUCCUGGGCUCUUAGGUAGGGCCCAUCCUUAGCUGUUGCAGCCAUUUGGAGAGAACCAGCAGAUGGAAGAUCCUCCCUCCCUCUCUCCCUUUCUCUGUGUAGCUCUGCCUUUCAAAUAAAUAUUUUAAAAAGUAAAAAUAGGUGCCGUGGCUCACUUGGCUUAUCCUCCGCCUGUGGCACUGGCACCCCAAGUUCUAGUCCAGGAUUGGGGCACUGGAUUCUUUCCCAGUUGCUCCUCUUCCAGUCCAGUUCUCUGCUGUGGCCCGGGAAGGCAGUGGAGGAUGGCCCAAGUGCUUGGGCCCUGCACCUGCAUGGGAAACCAGGAGGAAGCACCUGGCUCCUGGCUUCGGAUUGGUGCAGCGCAUUGGCCAUAGCAGCCAUUUGGGGAGUGAACCAACAGAAGGAAGACCUUUUUCUCUGUCUCUCACUAACUCUGCCUGUCAAAAAAAAAAAAAGUAAAAACUAUAAAACAAAAAAUUAAAAUCUCUUUCCUAUAUUCCUAUUCCCCAGAAGUAACUUGUUCACUAGUGUGUUCUUCGAGAAUGUUUGUUAUGUGCCCAUGUAUUUACAAAGCAUUUCAACCUUUUUUUAGAUAGUGAAAUUGUGGUAUUCUGUACUUUUUAUGAACUUUGUUCUUUAGUUAUGCAUUCACUGAAAGACAUUAAAGGCAAAAAUUGUUUUCUUCUAACUGUGUAGUUCCUCUCCCUGGAGAUAGUGCUCUCAGUAUCUUGUGUUCCUUUGCACAGAUGAUUUCUGUAUCUUGUUCACCACUUGUUUUUUAUACAAAUAGCAUUACACUGUAUUCCCUGUACCUUACUUUUUUCAGUGUGUUAUGUAUUUGAUGUGAUUCAGGUGCUACCUUGGGCAUAUCUGGGUUUCUUUGGCUGAAAUAUUUGGUG